AUGUAUAUUAAAGGCUGCACUUCCAGUAUCAGUCUUCCACAACCAUCACGCGCCACCAUGAGCAGCAGCAGCGCCGUCACGUCGCUCCGGCUCUCACUCACCCACCCGCACCUUCUGCAGCCUCGAUCCGGCGCGGAUAAUAACGAGACGGAGAAUGACUCUAGCGCGGACGGGGAAGCCGGGUUGGCGGAGGCGGAGGGGGAGAAGGCUUGGUGGGCGCAAGGGUGGGACGUGCCGUGGGGGUGGCGGGAGACAGGCAUCGGAAUGAGCGCGUGGAUCUCCAGCUUCAUAUUCGUGGGCAUAGCCGUGCAGUUAACUUGCCUCAAGCUCGGGUGGGCGCCCUGGAGGGGCACGGAUCUCAAUGACGAGGCGCUCUUUCUGCUCAUCAACCAGUCGGUGCGAACGGCAUCAGGGAUAGCCAUCGUGUGGUUUGUCGCGCGCCCCUUCAACCCACUCUCCACCGACCUUUUCCAUUGGGGUUUCGAGGACCCAUUCAGUUGUCGCAAGGGGUGGUUGUCAUGGGCCGGCGUGGGCGUCUUGACUGCUGGGCUCGUAGUUUUCGCCACUGCCACCGCCACAACGGCACUAUCAGGAGGGAUUGACCCGCCUAGAGAGGACGCAGAUGCGUUGGUGCAAGUGCUGCCCAUAAUCGCCGCCUCCCCCUUCAGCACCGGUGCGCUCAUCUUCGUGGCCGGUGUGCUCGCCCCCAUCCUCGAAGAAACCAUCUUUCGAGCCUUCCUCCUCACUUCCCUGACAAAAUGGAUGCCUGUUCCUCUGGCGGUGGCAGGUAGUGCGUGUGCCUUUGCUGCUGCCCACAUGACUCCCAACGAGUUUCCCAAGCUCGCUGCUCUUGGAUUGGUGUUGGGAUUCACUUAUGUGCGCACGCGCAACCUCCUCACGCCCAUCAUCGUCCAUUCGGUCUGGAACUCAGGAGUCAUCAUCAUUCUCACCUUGCUGCGGAUGGAAGGAUAUGAUAUACAGGAGCUUAUAUAA